GUUUGUAAACAUAUCUAAGGAUGUUUGGAAACUAAUUUCGUAUUCAUCAAAAUUUAACUUGAAAUUAUCUUUUAACAGCUGAAUACAUAAUAAAGAUUGCUUCCAAUACGAAUUCUUCAUAUUGGAAAUAUGAAUGUCUGUAGAACGUGUGCGGAAGAGUGCAGCGCAGAGCUCGUUCCGAUAUUUUCUAAACUCGAGGAUACAUUCAUAGCAAAUGUUAUAAUAAAUUGCAGUGAUGUUUCGAUCAACGAAGACGAUGGACUUCCGUCUUGUGUUUGUGAAGCCUGCAUGAGUACGGUCAAGGAAAUCCUUUGCUUUGCCAAUCAGGUCCGCGAGUCGGAUCGUAAACUCCGGCUUUUGCUCAAGCCGGAUACAGAAAGCGUAAAAAAAUCUGAUCAGGAAUCUGCGACAACCAGUUUUAUUACGGUUCCUUUGGAGGUUGAUGUAAAGUUAGAAAUUGACCUCGAAGAUGAGUACAAUCAGAAUUUGUCCCAAAAGGAAACCAACAUAUUAGAGAGUGAAAAGGAGUCAGAUGAUUUUGAAGAUGAUAAUGAUAGUGACUGGAAGGAGCAUAUUAAAUCUUCGGAUGAGGAGGCACAUGCAGAAGAAAUAAAAGAAACGCGGCGUAGCAGACGGAAACGCGUAGUUGAAGCUACACCAGAUAGAAAACCAAAGAGCGGUAAACAGAGAAAUAGAAAGAAAGAUGAUGAUGAGGAGGAAGAGAAUGAAGCUGGAGUUGAGUCGUCAGAAUCAAAAAGCAGAAGACGUAGUAAACCUACAAAAUACAGCGAUAUAGAUGAUGGGGAUGAUGGCGCUAACUCAGAAUUAGAUGAAGUUGAACAAGAAAUCUACACUUUGGUACAAGCUGAUAAAAGUAGACAUUUUUGCUGCUUGUGUUAUAAAGAUUUCGACACACGGAGUGAUUUGGUUGAUCAUGGAAUACAGAAACAUUCGAAAAAAACUCGCAAGAUAAACUUAUCAAAGAAGUACUAUUGUGAAGUAUGUCACUGCCGGUACACCUCAAAAGAUUCCUUGGUGGAGCACAUUGAUAUGGCAGCGAAGCUGUAUACAAAGAAAAUUUACGAGUGUUCACGAUGCUUGAAUCGAUUUGCAACAGUCAAGCGCAGACGGAUUCACGCUCACAAUCAUCCUAAGUACAACGAAGCACUUGAUCCGGACUUGGAAGAGCACAACAAUCGUUCGGUGACCUGUUGUAUGAAGUCAUGCCACAAGAAAUUUCCUACGCAAGAAGAAUUACUCGAGCAUAGCGAAAAGGAACACACGGACAACAGAGCGAUCGUAAAGAACCCGGCGAAACCCCACGAGUGCCCGGUUUGUUUUAAGACGUUCGAGAAACUGCAAUCGUUGAAGCGCCAUCGGUACCGAAUCUUCAUGUCCUCCAUGCAGUGCUCGAUCUGUGGCAAGCAGUUCAAAAAUCGCAACGCCCUGUACACUCAUGAGCGCAGACACAACAGCGAUAAGUCACAUGCGUGUGAAAUCUGCGGAAAGCGGUUUAUGAUGAUGACGCAGCUCCGAAACCACUACGCGGUGCAUACGGACGAAAAACCGUUCGUGUGCAAGGAUUGCGGUUGGAGCUUUAAGCGGAGUUGCAAUCUCAAGACGCACAUGUUGCAGCACACGAAUACGUUGCCGUGGAAGUGCGAGGUUUGCGAAAAGUGUUUCAAGGGCAAGUACCAUUUGCAGUAUCACAUGCGGAUCCAUACCGGGUAUAAACCUUGGAAAUGUCGCUACUGCGAGAAGUCUUUUGCUGAUCAUGCCAACAGGGCGAGGCACGAAACUUCGCACACUGGAAUUAAACCAUACAAGUGUACAUAUUGCGACAAGUCUUUUAUACGUCGACGGUUUCAAAUCGAACACGAAAGCACGCACACAGGAAUCAAACCGUACCGGUGCGAGAGAUGCAAACUCACGUUCGGUCAUAAGUCGUUGCUCAAGGAACAUCUGGAAAUACAUCCGUUGGCACCGGAAAAUCAACUCUCGCUGGCACAGCCAUCCCCUAUGCCAGAUUCCAAUGCAAGGUCGUCCUCUUCUUCGCCACAAUUGAUGCCACCUCCUUCCUCCAGUGGCCUAUCCUAUCGUGAUGCGUAAGUAUAUGGUUGGGAUACAUUCCGAUUAUUAUGAA